UAUAAACCUUUUUAAUGAGUCUUUUUAUUCUUGAAAAAAUAUACAUUGCAGACAGCAACAAACAACCUCCACUGGUAUAUCAUUUAUAUCGCUUUAUCCAAAUUUUACUGUUGAGAUGAGACGCAUUUUUUAGGCUGGUAUACAAGAAAAGAAAAUUGCUAUUGCAACUGAACCCGAUGCAGCUUCACUAUCAGUGCAGGUCUUACGCACAGACUUAAACUUCAAAGAAAGAUGCAGAGAUGGAGAGAAAUAUAUGGUCAUUAAUCUUGGAGGAGGAUUUGCUCAUAUUACUUGUCAUAAAAGAAAGUCUGAUGGGACCACAGAGAAUAUAAUCCCCCCAAACGACAUCCCUAGCGCAGGAAUAUCUAUCGAUGACGCCUUUUACAUCUUAUUAUGUGAGAUAUGUGGACCACAAUUAAUGGAAAAUUUCAAAACAGUUGAACUCGAGGACUAUUUUGAUUUAUUCCAAGACUUUGAAAGAAAGAAACGAAACACACGAUGGAAGCAAAAUAGCAAGUUUGUUGUUACGCUUCCAGUAUCGUUAAUUGAUAUGAUGUUCAAAAGGGGAAAAAGAUUCGAGACAGAGAUAGAAAAAUCUCCCCAUACAGGAAAUGUGAUAUACGCGAAAGGAAAACUAAUUAUUUCUCUCAAAACAAUCAAAAGUCUCUUUCAUCAAACAAUAAAUGUACUUAUGAAACACAUUACAAUCAUGCAGAAAGUCCCAAAGGUAUCAGAUGUAAACAUGAUUGUUAUGGUUGGUGGAUUUUCUGAAUGUGAAUUAGUGCAAGAUGCCCUGUGUAAUAAGUUUGGAAAGUCUGUAAGUUUAAUCAUGUCAGAGGAGGCUGAACUUGAUACUAUGAAAGGAGCAGUACUGUAUGGUUUUCAGCCAAAUGCAAGUGCAGAUUUUUUCUUGAACAGACUCAGUAAAAUGCAUGCAGAGGAUUUCAAGGACUUAAUAUCUAAAGGAUAUUAUGCCUCUUAUGAAAACCGUGUUUAUUUGGCUGGAGCUUGUAAUAUUGGUAAAAGUUCAUUGGCAAGCAUUCUGAUAGGUGACGAUGUUCCUAAAAAAUGGUACUCUACUGAUGGCUUGGUGAUACACUUUGGACGAAAUGGAAUACAUCUUGAAGACAAAAAGAUGAUACCACUUAUUAAAUCUGACACAAACAUUCUGCGAAAACUGUUAUUAGGAAACCCUAAUAUAGAAGCUAGACAGAUGGAGAGCAAACAAUCUAUUGUAUCUACCAAUAUCCAGAAUCGUGUUCCAGAACAAAGUAAGAUGGAUCAUGAUCUUAGCAGACCAUCUGAAAAAGUAGCUAAAUCCAACUCGGCUAAAAAACAAACACAUCAAACAGCUGCCCAACGAGAACCUAGAUCAUCAAAAGGAUACAAGCGACAAGAGGCUUCACAGCGCAAAGAUUCGAAAGGAGGGGCGAUUCCAAAGUCUACUCUACCACAAAUAAAACAACAAACAGCUACUUCUAUUCAAAGUAAUGUUUUACAAGAGAUAAGAGAUGGUACAUAUAAGAUAAGAGUAGCCCCAUCAGAUUUGGUGGACUUUGGUGGACAAAGAUCGUUUGAUAUGACACACCAAUUGUUUAUUCAACAUAAAGGAACGUUUGUUCUGAUGUUUGAUGGGAGAUAUGGGUUGCAUUCCAAACUUAAAGAAUAUCAAGAAGGUUCCAUAACUGCAAAAGAUAUUCUUCUUCAUUGGGUGACUUCUAUUCUGAUCUACUGUGGAGAGGGUGACAACACAAUGCCAAUGAUACUCUUUGCUGCAACCCAUAGUGACAGUUUUCGUGCGGACGAAAUCCCAAACCAAAAACGACAACUCAUCAGGGAAUUGACAAAGUUAUUUCAAAGCCAUAACCAAAAAGAACAUAUACUAUACGACCGAAUCUUUUUCAUCAAUGCAACCCAACCAGAUGACCAAGAAAUAGAACUUCUCAAAGAUACUUUAGUGGAAAUUGCAUUUCAGCAAUCUACUUGGGGACAACGAAUGCCGGUCGCAUGGGUACCACUAGAACUACAAUUAUCGGAGAUGCGAACAAAGGGCAUUAACCUCAUUACUAAAGAGGAGAUUCAAAAUAUGAAUCGAUCAAAUUCUGAGUUCAUGCUGAACGUAUCCCAGCUUGAAGAGUUUUUAAAAAUUCAACACUCUCUUGGAAAAAUUAUGUACUUUGACCAACCUGGCCUUCAUAAUUUCAUCGUUGUGCAACCUACAGCAAUGGUCAAUAUUUUGAGGUCUUUUAUCACCGACGAAAAUUUUUGGCCGAAGAAUGAUGUACUUAGACAGAUUCUAGGUAUCAUGGUUAAUACGGGUACGGUUAAAAAGAAAGAGCUGUUUGACUUAUGGUCACAGCCACAGUUUCAGGAAUUUUUGCCUUCCACUGAACACAAGGAAUAUAUUGUACAAGUCUUAGUGUAUCUGGAUAUUCUUGUCGAACCGAAACGAGAAGAUAAACAAGAUUCAAGAAAUGAGACAUAUUUGGUACCAUGCCUUGUAAAGAGUAGAAUACCAGACAAGUUCCUGAAGUUUGAAGAACAAAAAACAAUAUGUUUGGCAUAUAAACUCACGAAAAGCAUUAUUCCUGCCGCUCUUAGCUUUAAACUCAUCGCCGCAGCAGUCACAACAUGGCCACUUAAAGUAGUAAAAGGGCGUAAUUGUCUUUACUCUCAAUCGUCUAUUAUGACUGUUGAUAAAGAAAACGAACUUUUAUUUCAAAUAAAAGAUGACAGAGUUAUUAUAUGUCUCAGCAAUAUAUUUUCUAGGUAUAAUAUAUCUCCUGAUAUAGCUGCCAGUAUCCAGGACUGUUUGGUGUUAGCUCUCGAACGAGUUCUUCUUUUUUAUCAUGAUUGCUUUGGUCGAUCAACCGCGAAUUUAGAUGUGAAGAGUCUUUAUGCAAUCAGGGUUGGAGUAAUAUGUCAAAAACGAAUGUGCUUUUUGUCAUUGUCCAAAGCCAAAAGGAGGCAGACAUGGAUUUGCCAAAGGGAACAGAAACACGAAACAGAGUGUUGUUUAUACUGGGUGUUUGACCGGAACACAAGAACAUGCGGUACGAUGUGUAAAGGUCCUCCAAAGGAACUUUUAUCUUUGAGUCCAACUGACAAACACUUGGUUAGAUUAGCUACACAGUUAAGUGUCAACGAGUUCGAGGAGUUCUUUAUUUCUCUAGAUAUGACACGUGCUGAUUUAGACGAAAUUGAACAUUGUUACCCACGAACUGAGAUAAUGUGCAGGAAAUUGAUGGCAUUAUAUAAAUGGAAAAAGAAAAAUGAAACAAUCAGACUACAGGAUUUAUUAGACGCUCUUACAGAAAUAAAGAGGCCUCAUUAUCUUUGCCAGAUAUCAAGAGAACAAACAAAUUUGUUCAACAAAGCAGAAAGUCGACAAAUAUCACCAACGGAUGAAGUCCUACAACAAUUGUCUCGCCAGCUAGGAAACUGUUAUACACACCUUGGUAUUGAACUAGGAAUAAGCUUCAGCAGUAUCGAAGAAAGCAUGUACAGAUUCCCAAAAGAUAUGUAUGAUCUAAUAUAUGACAUACUGAAAAAAUGGAAAAAACAGGAAAAUGCAACAGUUCAUAUUCUUAUGAUUGCUCUCCAGCGAGUAGACUGUGGAGGACUGAGAUUCCUUCAAGAGGAAUACAAGUAGAAAAUAUAAAAAUGUUUUACAUUUUAUAUUGUAAAAUUAUGUGAACAAUACAGUAUUGACUACAAUCUGUCAAUACCUAUAUUUUGGCAUAGUUCAAGGUCGUGUUUUUUUGUUACCAUUAAUGACGUCUUAACACUAACUCCAAUGGAUAUUUUUGAUAGUCUUAGAUACAUGAUUUUUUAUAAGUUGUCAUUGGCUUUGAACUAGCUGUCAGUAACUGCGAGUACUCUCAGAUCUGUAGGUAGUGUCGUUUUUGUUGUUAGGGAAGAGGGAGAUAUAAAUAACCUGCCACGUCCGGUCUUUAAUUGUGUUUGAUGUUUUUCUACUGUUUAUCGAUCUAAUGAGUUAAGCCUUUUUCAAGUAAUUUUGAUAGUUUGUUCUUAUGUUGUGCUGUUACAGGGGAGGGUUAGGCACUCACAAACAUGUUUAUCCCCGCUGCAUUCAUUAUGUGCAUGUCCAAAGUCAGGAGCAUGUAGGUCAUUGGUUGUCGUUAGUUCAUGUCUGUCAUAUUUGUUUUUCUUGAUUUGUUUUGUUAUGAAUUAGGCCGUUAAUUUUGUCAAUUGAAUAUAUAUAUAUUGUUUCAUAUUUUUCAUGUCGGGGCUUUUUAAGGCCUACAAAACGGUAUGGGUUUUUCACAUUGUUGAAAACCGUACGGUGGCCUAUAAUUGCUUACAUCCACUUCGUUUGAACUUUGGAGAAUAGUUGUUUCAUUGGCAAUCAUACCACAUCUCCUUAUUUUUAUUUCACAAUUUGAUAAGGGAUAAAUAUAUAUAUAUGAAUGGGUCUUCAAAUACAAAGUUAUAUUUCCAUUGUCAGUUACAUUUUUGUAUGCCAUAAUUAAGACUUUAACAAAAAAACGUCUCGUACUUUUUAAAAAAAAGUUCAUCCGAAGUUACCAAGACCUUGUUGAUAAAUAUUUUCCCUAUCAAUUUCACAAAUAAUACACAAUGGUCUUGGAGUAUAGAUUCUGGGUACUAACGUUGUUUGUCAUCUUAAUAACUUGUUAUAGUAUUCUUUUAUUUGUCUUUAUGAAUAUUACUUUUACUGUUUAGUCUGGUUUGGUGAUAUCCAUUUGACGUGGCUCUGUACUUAUACAUUCCGUCAUCGUCUAAUUGUUCUAUGGUAAAACAUUUUGUAUUCUUGUGUUUCAUUUUUGCUAAUGAGCUUUGUUUAUAUGCCUUUUUAUGUUUCUUUGUUAUAUCUAACGUGGCUCUGUACUUAUACAUCCCGUCAUUGUGUUAUUGUGCUAUGGUAAUAUGUUUUGUAUUCUUGUGUUUCAUUUUUGCUAAUGUGCGCUGUCUAUAUGCCUUUUGUGUUUCUUUGUUACAUAUUUGUUUGUUUUUAUAGUAAUUAAGAUAUUAUAACACAAUGUUGACUGCUGUAACUCUAUUUUGACAUUUUUACCCAUAUAUUAUCUGUUUGUUUUGUUCACACAUCGUUGUCAAUAUAAUGAAAUUUUAUGCGACUGUCAUACAAGUGAGAGGAUCUAGCUAGCUAUAAAACCAGGUUUAAUCCACCAUUUUCUUCAUAAGAAAAUGCCUGUACCAAGUCAUGAAUAUAACAGUUGUUAUCCAUUCGUUUGAUAUGUUUGAGCUUCUGAUUUUGCCAUUGGAUUACGGACUUUCCGUUUUGAAUUUUCCUCGGAGAUCAGUAUUUUUGUUAUUUUACUUUUUAGACAAUGUAUUAGUUGUUUUGACACAAUUUGACUCUAAUGCCAUAAUUUCCAUUUUUUCAACUUUGGCAAGGUUUUUUUCCAAGAACAUUUCGUCUAUAUUAGUAGAUAAACAGAAAUUUCUGGCUGUGUGAAGAGCAUUUUUUUCUACUCCGAUAACAAUGUUUUGUUUAAUAAAGUUCAUAGAUUGAAUGUUUAAUUUUCAACAUUUUGAUAAUUGAAACAAACCAUUUUUGGGCAAAAUUGUUUUUAAACCAUUUCGCACCAAAAAUCAAUAGUUACAGUAGAAUCUGUUUAUCUUAUUUACGUUGUGAUGAUUCAUGGUGUAUUGACUUUGUAUACGCAUGUGACUAGCCAUUCUUUUAUGAAACCCAAUAUUAAGAGUCUCUAACAUAUGCUUUAUUUGAGGAAAAUGGCUUACAAAUCUAACAGACUGAGUAUAAAUGUUUAAAUGUAAUGUUAAUUAUUACAAAGUUAUAUGUAUUAUACAAAUUCAGAUACGUUUUUUGUGUGUUUUUCCGUGUCUUGUCUAUUUUCAUCUGCACUUGGUAUCGAAAGUUGAUUGCAUUUUUAUAUACAUGUAGAUCCAAAUUUUACAAAGAUUUUUUUUAUUAUGUCUAUUUAGGCUAUUUUCUGCUCUUUAGUCGGAUUGUUGUCUCUUUAACACAUUCUUCCAUUUCCAUUCUCAAUUUUACUAUUAUCUGUCUGUCACUCACACACUGAAUACGACAUUCAUUCAUCUCCAAAUUACCAAACAAUUUUUAGAUCUACCUGCUUAAUUUGACAAAAUAUGUUUUUUUUUGUUUAUCCACUACUAUGCAGUGCAAGUGUUCGUCUUAGUUGUUUUUGACAAAUUCAUAUUGCAUUGUUCAAGUUUUUAAGGUUUCGGUUUUAUUAAAAACAAAAAUCAAUUAUUUCAAUAACAAAUGAAUAAGAUUACAGUAGUAUUGGUCAUAAUAAAGAUAAAGUUUAGUAUUGCGUAGGGGUUUGGGAUUUGAUUGUACAUGAUAGUGUCCUUGCUUAAAACAUUUUAGUACUUCAAUUCGGAGGACUAUAAAUGAAAUUCAUAAUAUAAGUUGAGAUUAAUUUCCGUCACGUUCAGGAAGAGACCUCUAUGUUUUGUGUUCACAUAGUCAUAGAUCAGGGCCAUAUAAAUACCUAAUUUCAUGAAAUUAUGAUUUCUUAAUGAUAAAGUCUAUAAAAAAAUUUCUAUAAAUUAUCAUUUCUAUGGAAAAAUUACACUUUUAAAACAUUUUUUCAUUUUUUAUUUCAAAAAGUUGUAAUUGUACGUUUCCUUUCAAAUGGUGUUUGCCUGUUAAUGUUUUCUAUGUAAAUUUAUCUGCAGACUACUUUGAUUUGACUUUUACUUAAACUACAAUAAAAAAUGAUCUGUCAUAA